ACCGUGGCCUGCCGUGGCCAGAGGAUCUCUCUCCGAAAAUCGCGGUCGUCGACGAGGAAAAAAAUAACAUACAUGGCACGAUAAGGGCCCGUGGAGUUGGAGCGUAACUUGUGCAAGGAUCUCGCAAGCUCGCCGUCAAGCGCGACUACGUGGACCGAGAACUCGCCACCGGCACGCCCGAAGCCGCAUCCGCCGCGCCGCGCCGUUCGGGAUUAUGAGCUGCGGCGGUCUUAACCUUUAAUCCUUUAAUGACAGCCCCGCAUAUCCAGGUCACGUAAAAAUCAUCAAGAUGCAGACGAUAAAGUGCGUUGUGGUGGGUGAUGGAGCGGUUGGUAAAACGUGUCUCUUGAUUUCGUAUACCACGAACAAGUUCCCUUCUGAAUAUGUGCCUACUGUUUUUGACAACUACGCGGUAACUGUGAUGAUAGGAGGUGACCCAUAUACAUUAGGAUUAUUUGAUACAGCAGGUCAGGAAGAUUAUGACAGAUUGCGUCCUUUAAGUUAUCCUCAGACCGACGUGUUUCUCGUAUGUUUCUCAGUCGUGUCGCCGUCGUCCUUUGAAAAUGUAAAAGAAAAGUGGGUGCCAGAAAUAACGCAUCACUGUCAGAGAACUCCAUUUUUACUCGUCGGAACGCAAAUUGAUUUGAGAGAUGACGUUGCAACAAUAGAGAAACUCGCAAAGAACAAACAGAAGCCGAUAUCUGGGGAGCAAGGAGAAAAACUCGCCAAGGAACUCAAGGCUGUAAAAUAUGUAGAGUGCAGUGCUUUGACGCAGAAAGGCUUGAAGAACGUAUUCGACGAAGCUAUUUUAGCCGCACUGGAACCACCUGAGCCGGUAAAGAAGAGGAAGUGUACGCUUCUGUAAGGUGAACAAGCUGACAAGGUAUUGCCAUCGGUGGGACGCAUGCCUGAUUUCAAAACGACACUGUAGUACCAGGCGACGGUUUUGUGUGUAGUAUACUCUGUAUUUUGAAUAGAACUAAAUUUGCCUCUACACGAGUUCGUAAUCGUAUUCGGAAAGGAUAAGCAAAUCGUGCGAACGUCAGGUAACUGCAGACACAUUCCACGAGGUAUUGAGGCGUGCGAUAAUGACUCUGAGUUUGUAAAGCCAGAUAAAACUUUUCUAUCAAAUAAUAACGACUGUUUUUUUUCGAGGAAAGUUAUUGCACAAAGCUUUCAUUUUCCAAUACAAUUUUCGAGGAAGAGGCGUUUGGAGUGGGGAUUUUCAGAUAAAUCUCGAAAUUUGUUCUAAACUCGUUGACUUUUGACGUUUACACUUAACAGGUACAGAGAUGGCGAAACAAAUAGAGAUUGGUGCUAUUGUCAACAAUAUUUUUUUAAGUCGAAACGUUUACCGAGACAUAAGUGUCUGAGUCGUCGGUAUCUGACAGAGUGCUCAUUUGAGUAACAGAGUGCUCAAGUAUUUUUCGCUAAAACGAUGAUUUUUUUUUCAUUUUAGAAUGAAAUUUCCGUUCUCGGCGACGUCAGUAUUAGGAGCUCUAUGAUGAAUGUAUAAAACCAUAAGUAUCUUAACAGUAUCACUUAGAUAUACUGUCGAUUGAAUGUGACACAAAAAGACUAUUACUAAUUCUGACAACCUGUCUAUUAUAAAGUAUUGUUAUUGAUAUUGGGGAGCUCUUGCAAUACCGCGUUUCCGAUACCGCAAACUAAUCUGCAUAAUUUAGUAUAAUUCCAAGACGGAAAUUGUCGCAACGAGUAGUUUUGUUACUUGUCCCGUUACAAGCGUGUUAUCGCAAAAGCUCUCCAAUAUUAAUAAUAAAUCUUCGGAAUUACAUUUUUUAAAUCACACACGGCAGCUGUCUUGACGAAGGAAAGUUUUCAAGAAAAUCGACCAAUUUUUUUGUAUGUUUUUGAACGCUGUUUUCCUACAUAGCAAAGUAUUUUUCAGCAACUUUACCACCUAAUAAAUCAGAAUUAAAGAGCUUCUAAACCAAUGUUAAGCCUCCCUUCCAUCCCGCGACUGCACUGGAUGCAUUUAUUACGUGAUGGGAAGCUUUAAGACUGUUUAAAAAAAAUCGAACCGAGGAAAAAGGGAGAGAAUGACGAUUGCCUGCAAUGGGAAGAGUAACGAUAAUUGGGGGAGGAGGGGAAUAAAAAAUAACGGCGCACUAUUCCAAUUUUGGAUAACGCUGUGAACGAUAUUUACGAUUCUUUCAAUUAUCACGAUGCUGCAUGCAAUGAAUUUAUAAAUAAUUCAGCCCCGGCGGCAUGCGAUUUUUUUAUAAUUGUUCGACCUGUCGCAUAUCGUUAGUACUAUUAACACAUACGAAUGCUCGUCGUGAUGCAUUCGAUAUGUGGACGUCGAAUGGGGAGUGUUGCGAGAGAAAGCAUUUUAUCAAAAAGGUUUAAUCAACUUUUACACUACGAAUCCAGUUAAAAGUAACAGCAUUUAUUAGCACUGUAAUGUCGUGUCGUAAUAUGUAGACACGAUCAUGUAACAAAAUAUUCGCAUAAAUAUAUUUAUACCAUGUAUACGAC